ACAUCAAGAAGCGCAACCCAAUACAGUAAGCACGACGCUGUACGGCAUGCAAAGCGCAUAAAUGCAAAAAGAUGAUGGAAGCUUUGGAACAGCAUCAAACAAAGAGCAGGCCUAACAAUGAGCCCCAUGAGGGCGAGACGGAAACGACGCCGGCUACCAGUGAAGAGGAUGACACAACAGAAGAGCACAUCAAUGUGUGCGACCUGGAAGAGAAGGAUAAAAGGAAUAGCUCUUCACGAGAGCUGAACCUAAAAGUCGAGCAGCAUGAUCGACAAAGUCCUCAAGAGAAUGGACGGGACACUGAAGAGUCGGAGGAGCCAGCAUUUCCAAUGGCAAACAGCGUAAACGAGUCGAUUGAGCACCCAUCUGAAAGUAGUCUGAAAGUAGAAUGUGCAGUGGAAGAAAAAACUGCUGAGAGUGACGAUCUUAAUGAGGAGCCCUCCACAUCACAUGAUGCUACGAAAUGCCUAGUCGACAUAAAAGUUGAGCAGGCGAGUCCCAUACUUGCGGCCAAUGUCAACGAUGAUUGCGAAUCCUGCUUCUCGGAUAAGCCAAAUAGCUCUCCAAACCAACAAGAUGACCAACAGAAUGGGGAGUUAGGAGGAAUGGACUCGCCGGAGAUGGGAGUGAAUGCUGAAACUACUUCGAUUAAUGAGUUAUUUUUAACAGAUCAAGUAAAAGUUGAGGAUAAAAGCCCGCUACCAUCAGUUAUGACAGAUGAAGAAGGCUUCUCGCCGCCUGUGAUUAAAGUGAUUGCUGAGAACUCUCCAAGUGAUGUUGAAGAAAUCUCAUUACUUAGGCAGAUUCCGACAGAAGAUAAUUGUACACAUAAGGUGAACGUGACUGAGGAAACGUCAACUUCGCCUCUCAGGAUGCAGGAGGAGGAAAGAUCCUCAUCAUCAUCUUCAACUGCGUUAAAAAUCUCCGAAAAUAUUAAAAUAGAAAAUCGAGAGGCAGUAGACUAUGCAGAAGGUGAAAGAGAUGAAGAAUUCCACAGUGAAAAGGAGGAAACAGAGGAGGAGAAAGAGGAAGCAUCUUCACCAGUGUAUAAAAUUGAUGAAGUUGAUAGGGAAAUGUCUCCACCUGCAAAGGCUACAACACUACCUGUCUAUAAAAUCAAUGAUCUUUCCCCCGCCAGCAUACCUGAUGAUGAGGAAUCCUCACAAGACUUUGAUUCUGAAAUUAAAAUUGAGGAAACCACUCCAAAGUUGCCAGAACCUGAGCGCGAAGUGCCCAUGGAAAUAAUUAAAAUCGAAUCUGAUUCCGAGGAUGAAGACGUUGAGGUAGAAUCGGAGAACGUCGUAGAUGAAAUUUAUGGUAGUCGUACAGCUGAAGAUGACGUCCAGAUGAAGCCAGAGAUUCAGCAAAGUGAUCAUCUGAUUAAGGAAAGACAAGCAAUUGAAGUGCUACCCAAAGUAAAAAUAAAUGGGGCUCAUGUAACAGUCGAGGAAUUGCAGUUGGCAGAGGAAUCUGAGCGGGAAGAAGAGCAAGCUCAGAUUACAGUGCAACAGUCUGUGAUAGAAAAUGAGAACGACGAACCGCAGCAGCAGGAACAGGAGCAGGAGGUGCCGCACCAACUGACCAGGAGAAGCAGUACCAGCAGCUCCGAUAGUUCCGCAUCGCAGCAAUUGGUCAUAGAUCAGCCCGAGAGCGAGCAGCAGAGCAAACAGCAGCCGCAAAUGGACGAGCCGGUCCAAGAUGGGGAAAUGUUGCUAGCAAUGAAGCGCAGGCGCAGCUGCAGCAACAGCGGAAGGAACGGGGCGGACAACGGCGAUAUCAACAGCAAGCAUCUGUGCAUAGAAGAGAAGCAGCAGUCGUCUCCCCUGCUAUUGCAGCGUUUGCAGACACCGGCAAUAAUUUGCAACGACCUCACACAGUGCAAUGCUAGCAAAUUUAAGAACUUACAGCAAUUAAAGGCGCAUUCAGUGCAAUGCAAACCACAGCCGGAGACAACAUUGCCACCAGCAGAAUCCCCUGUAGCAGCAUCAGAAAGAGCAGAAGCAUCGGCGCCUGUGACUGUUUGCAAUCCGGCGUCCACUCCUGCGCCCCCCAUAAAGAAGGAGCGUUUCUUUCGCUGCGCACGUUGCAGCACUGUACAUCAAUGUUGGAACUUUUUUCUACACAUGCGGGAAGUGCACCAUCGUUACAUUUGCCUCUACUGUUCGCACGUGUUCGCCAGCGUGGAGAAACUGUCUCUGCAUCUAGAGAACAAGCAUGACAUGGACCAGCGGCACUUUGCCAGUGUCGAAGCGUGGCAGGCGCUGCAGACUCAGGAGGACCGUGCUCGCUUUUUGGUCUGCUGCAAUUGUCAAGCGAGCUUUGAGGGCGGCAGCCGCUUUGAGGAUCACGACUGCGCCGAGCUGAUGCAGCCGUGUGCGUUGUGCGGGCAAAAAGGAGGACAUGUCAAUGGAUGUCGCAAUGGCAGCACCAUCUCCAAUGCCAGAAGCAAUCGCAAGAAGACAGCUAACCGACGAAAACGCAGGACCGCCAAGGCCAGGCCGGCAGCUAAGCCGUCCGAGGAACACCUAAAAGCAAACAAACAGCAGCAGGAGCAGCAGUCGAAUGGGAUGGAGAUUGCCGCGCAGCUGCUUCAAAUGCCGACACAGCCGACGACUGUAACCGAUCACAACGUUCCAGCGCCCAUUGCAGAUGCGCCUCAAGAAGAUCCCCCGCCCAAGCUGGUGGUGCCGAAGAUGAUGCUGCGAGUGCCCAAAGAGUUUCAGAAGUCCGUGGAUGCGGAGCUAAGCAGCACAGACACCGAGGAGGAGGACAACGACGAAUUGCCAUCAGCAGCAGACACGCCAACGGGCGAUGGCGAGGGUAUUGCAGUGCCAUUGCUCACUGAGGAUGCAGUGCAGCAGCAGCARCAACAAUUACACCCAGUGUCCUCGUUGUCGGAGGACACUGAAACAGCCACCGAGACGGCUUCUAUGUUUCAGGAGACAGCGCCCGUACCUGCCGACGUAUCAUUAAACGAGCUGGAGGACGACGAUGAGGAUUCGCCUUCUCUGAAACUGCCUCAUGUUCUGGCGGAAUUUGAGCGCACAAAACUUGACAUCGAGCGCACAAUGGCCCUCAUUGUGGCGAAAAAGGAAUUACAAGAACAGCAACUACAAAAGCAGCAACAACAACAACAGCGGCAACAACAACAACAGCAGCCAGAAGUACAACAGCUGCAGCUGCAGCGCGAGCUGGAGCAACAGCAACGGCAAGAUCAGCAGCAGGAGCAGCUGCCAGCUGAGGCAAAGCAGCAGCGUGGUCGCUGGUCUCUGACGCCGCCCGCCUCGCCGCAUAAUCACAAUCAUAUAGACGAAACGACGCAUGUGCCAAAAGAACAAGUGGAGGCCAACCUGCAGCCUGCGUCAGCAAAGAAUUCACCAGUGCCUGCGCUUGAGCGCCGCAAUACAUUGGGCAGCGAGUGCAUGGAUCUCGAUGACAGCUUAAACGAACCACAGCAAUCGGCUCAAAUGGAACAGUCGGAGCAUCAACAGCCAGUCGCGCCUGAACCUGUGCAUCUGGCCAGCCCCGCAGCUCUUCCGGUGCCCGCAGACGGCAUCCAGGUUGCCGGAGAAGACACGCACACAGUGGAUCUACAGCUGGACAGACCCUUGGACAAAUUCGAAAUGGUAGACUUCAUACGUUUGUGUCUAAAGGCCUUCUAUCCAUAUUGCCUAUAUUGCAAUCACGCGCGUCGCAUUGCCGUAAACGUCAAGCAGCUGGUGUUGCAUCUGAUUGGCGUGCAUCGAUUUACUGCCACUGUGGACAGCAUCACAGCCGAGGAGCUGCAGCCGCAGACAAUUGUGGCGAAGCUAAAAAGCUUUUUGCCUGCCCUGGAGGGCGAUCAUUACAUGAAUUCCGCAAGCUGCUGCAGCCUGGAGGACGGGCGUUUCGCACAGCCCUUCAAUGAGCGCAUCUAUGAGUGCUUCCAGUGCCGCUAUGUGACGGCCACACACAAGGAGCUCUACACGCACAAUCGGCGGCUGCACAUCAAGGCGAACAUCUCGUGCUGCAUGUGCCGCCUGAACUUUUACAGCUUCAGCGAACUGCUGUGCCACAUAUGCCCGGGUCGCGUUUCGAACACUGCUUAUGAUACGCAGUUCCGCUGCUGCCUGUGCGAUACUGCGCCGUUGGCGUCCGCGUUCCGACUCAUGGUUCACUUGCGCAAGCAGCACCAGGCCUGUGAUAUCUGCCUAGAGGACUGCCACACGCAGGCCAAGCUCUCAGCGCAUGUGUGGAAGCACAAGCUCUUGCACCUUUGCUAUCGCUGUGGGAUUGCGUAUCGCAACAAGCAGGACAUAUCGAAACAUUUAUUCUGGAAGCACGGCACAGAGAGCAUCACCUGCAAGCGAUGCCUCCAAAAGCGCUGGCGUCACGUCUACCAUUUCUGCGUGCCUGCUACGCAGUUCACGUGUGAGCAAUGCCAGUUCAUAUUCAGCAAAGCCAUUUACCUGGAGGUGCACAAACGUCAGCAUGUGGGCGACUUUCGAUAUCCCUGCACCGAGGAGCACUGUGAAGAGAAAUUUGUCUCGCGGAAGCUGCUUCUAAAGCAUGCAGCACAGCAUGAGGUGAAGCAGCUGCCGGCUGUACGUGACGCCGACGAGGAGAACGAGGAUGCUGUCUGCUGCAAUCAAAUACCCAAGAUGGAGCAGGAGGAGCAGCGUGCAUUGGACACCGAUCAGUUUGAAUUUGAUAAAAAAAAGGCGCAGCUAAAAGCCGAGUGCGUGCAAUCGUCCACGCCUGAUUCGGAGACAAUAGAUGAAGCAGAUGCAAAGCCGGCAGCCAAGCAAAUAGAUAAAUCUCCGCAGCCAGCUCAGCAGUUGGAAGGACAGCAGGAGCAGGCGCCGCGCAAGCGCCACAAGAAGGCAAAGCGCAACAAAGCCUCGCUGGAGGAUCUAAACCUAAGAGCGCCAAAUCUGUCUGAGUCGGAUAGCAGCGAUGACAGCGCUUCGGAUGGAGGGCGCAGCCUCACCAAGCCGUAUGAGUCCAAUACCCAUGGCUCUUUGCCAAUACGUGCAUCUGUGGACGAUCUGGACAUGCCCCGGGUUAUGCUGUCGCCGUCAUCUGAGAGCGACAACGAGGAGCAAGAGGCGAAUACGGAUUCUAUCAAAACAGAGACAGAGCCGAAACAAGAGCAGAUGGACUCACUCCAGAGUCCGAAAGAGGAAGUGGAAUCAUCUGCAAAAGAAAAGCCCAAAGUGGAGGAAUCAAUAGGUGAAACCUCGGAGCCACAAGAAGUACUAGACAUAUGGAAAAACCUACUGCAAAAUCAGCCUUCUUCAGUGGGUAAAAAGGAAGCGGACGCUACUACAAUAGACGUGGAUGUUGUGCUAACUGCAGAGCAGCGCCGUCCCUUUAAGCUUCACGUGGCCUGGUCCGAUCAUGAUUACUGCAAAAUGCUACGUACUCCCCCACUCACACCAGCGCCCUCGCCCGAGAAGCCGCCGAAUGAGACGUCCUGUAAGGUUAUGAAGGGCAAUGCGUCCAGCGAUAGCGAAACCUCUAGUAGUUCUAGUACCUCGGAUUCAGACAGCUCGACCUGUUCGUGUGGUUCAAAUUGCAGCUGCAGUUCAAGCGGCAGCAGCUCCAGCGAUGAUGACUCCGACAACGAAUCCCAAUCCUCCAAAAAGAGCUCUAAGAAGGUGUCGAAGAAGACGGCGGAGCGACCGCAGGAAUCUAGCAAGAGCGAGGAGUUUGUGAAUGUGACUAGCAACAACGAGGAGGAAGAGCGUCCAGUGAUGCCAUCGCCCAAAUCGCCGAUCUACAAUGAAUCCGACUUCGAGACGUCCGUCUCUGAUACUGACGAGGAGUUCUACGAUGCACAUCCUCAGAAGAUGGCCAGCCACGUAUUGUCGCAAAAGCGCUUGGCGCUGCUCUCGGAGCAUAAACCAGCGCAACUGCACGAUAGCAACGGCAACUAUGACAUAGUGGAGAACAGUCGUCCGUCGACGCCCUCGCUGCCUGAGGAGGCUUCCGCCUUUGCGGACAAGCGGGAGCGUGUGGCCAAGAACAAGAAGAAGAAACGGGAACGCAAAUCAACCUGUAAAACGAUGAAUCAAGCCAAACUAACGUUCAGCUCGGAGCAGAUGGUGGCGCCGCAGCAGCUUCUGCCUCAGGGCCUGACAGCGGCGGGUACUGCAGAAGCUAUGGCCACACCACUGCUGCCGCACCACCAGCAACACUUGCUGCCGCACCUGCUACCGCCCCACCAGCAACACCUGCUGCCCGAGUCUCCAUUGACGCCCCUUAUACAUCGGCCAAGCUGGAAGCCACGUAUGAGCGAGGGAAGCAGCUGCUCCGAUGCCGAUGGGCAGCUGAAGCGCUCGAAGCGCACAAGGCGUCCGAAUAAAUUCUAUGGCUAUACAAGUGAUGAUGAGAACAUGAGCAGUGUCCUGGCGCCGCCUCUGCAGGUGGGCAUGCAGCUGAUUAAACCGCAGCCGCCGCCACAGCUGACGUGGGCCAAGGAAGACUUGCCUACGCCUCCCAAGCAGCAGCGCAGUCGCAGUAAUCAUGGGGAGCAUCAUCAUCAUCAGGCACACCAUUAUCAUCAGCAACACCAUCAGUCGCCGCAGCAGAAUUCGCAUUUGCACAGCAAUGGCAGCACGCGCAAGCGGAACAGACGUGCUACACCAGGCGGAGCUGGCUCCGGCAGCGCCAGACGUGGCGUCAAACGCACCAAGCAGCAGCUGGCGACACCACCAGCCAAAGUGGAGCAACUGCAGCCACAGCUGCCGCCCAUACCCACACUAAAGAUACGACCGGCUCUUCUGCCCGCCAGCGCUGCGGCCAGCGACAGUAGCGACAGUAGCUCCGACGAGGAUGAGAGUGGCGAGAUUAACGUGACCAGUCUGCUGCCAACUCACGCGCCACUGCCGCCCAUGCUGCCAGUGAUGCUGCCUGCACCGCUGGCGGCACCACUUCCACCAUUACCGCCCGCAACGACUGCUUUCAAUCAGCCCAUACCGCCAGCACUGCUGCCCAAUCCGGACUUUAGCACGCUGCAGUACUUCAAGGCGAACAACAUUCGCUAUCCCAUACGUCCGCCGGCCGGGGCUCGAUUGGCUCGUGAAGGCGAAUCGGUAUAUUGUUAUUGUCGCUGCCCCUACGACGAGGUCUCCGAGAUGAUCGCCUGCGAUGGCGACAACUGCCUCAUCGAGUGGUUUCACUUCGAAUGCGUUGGUAUCAUGGUCGCCCCACAGGGCAAAUGGUUCUGUGCCGAGUGCCGACCCAAGCACUCCGGUUGUAUCUAUCCGGGUGCUAAGCCCACGUAACUUUGUAAAUAGUCUUAGAAUCUAGGUUAAGCUACAUUUAUCCUAAAUAACCCAUAUAAUAAACCCUUAACAGCAACAACACCCACUACAGAAUGGAUUACGCUUAUUAAAUGUUAAAAAAUUACUAUUCGUUGUCUCCGUAGCUACGAAAAACUGAAAAAA